GUUUAUUUAUACAACAUAACAAUACAAUACAAAUGCCAAUCCAUUUUACAAUAACAAAAGACGAACACAAUGUUAGAGAAGAUUAUUAAAAGUCCUUUGUCUGAUGUGUUUAUCCCAGAAAAGAGGUUUGAGGACUACAUUCUGGACCAGCUAGAUGAAUAUGGGGAAGCAACUGCAUUGGCAAAUUCAAAGUCUGGUGAAGGAUACAGGUAUUCAGAUAUACGAACAUUUACACGAUCCAUUGCCAGUGGCUUGGUGCGGCAUGGGUUCAAACAAGGGGAUGUACUGUGUAUCGCAUGUAGGAACAACAUAGAGUACCCUCUCAUUACUUAUGGUGUACUACGAUGCGGAGGAGUAGUUACAUUUGUAAAUCCUAUUUAUACUAAAGGAGAGUUACAGCAUCAACUGAAGGAUUCUGGUACAACUAUUGUCAUUACAACAAAUGACUUCAUCAACAAGAUCCAAGAAGCAGCGAUAGGUGUCGCAUCAGUCAAGCAUGUAUUUGUAAUAGACCAAAAUGUACCAUCAGGUUGUUUACCAUACAGCUCACUCAGCAACGACAGUGGAGAUAUGUGUCCUAGAAGUUUAUUGUCCAACCCUAAGCAAGACACUGCGUUCCUGUUUUAUUCCAGUGGUACUACGGGAGUAGCUAAGGGCUGUAUGUUGACACAUCACAAUAUGAUAGCUACAACUGAACAAAGAGGACAUCCAGGGCUUGCUCCCAAGACAGGUUCGUUCAAGCAUUGCGUCAUAGCAGCUAUACCAUUUUUUCAUAUAUACGGGUUUACAUAUUUCCUAAGCCAUGGUCUCACAAGAGGUUGGAAGAUUCUGACAAUGUAUAGAUUCUCUCCUGAAUUGUACUUAGAAACAGUGCAAAAAUAUAGGGUAACAAUGUUGAACAUGGUCCCUACUAUUGCUGUGGCUCUCUCUAAUGUACCCGAUUUGAGUAAAUAUGAUCUCUCAAGUGUUAAAGGAAUGGGAAGUGGAGCCGGUCCAUUGAACCUGAAUGCUGGAAAAAGUCUUACCAGGAAAAUGAAAUCUCCACCGUUUAAACAAGGCUACGGUCUUACAGAAGUACCACUGUGCCAUAUAUCACCAGCUAGAAACUGGAAAUCAAACUCGAUAGGCAUCCUUGUACCAUCAUCUGAAUGCAAGAUAGUAAAUCCCGAGACGGGGAAAAGCCUUGGUAUGGGUGAAGAAGGUGAGAUAUGUAUGAGGGGCCCCCAAGUGAUGAAAGGAUAUCUCAACAACCAAGCAGCCACAGAUGCUACCAUAGACAAAGAGAAAUGGUUCCAUACAGGUGAUAUAGGGUACUAUGACAAUGAUGGUCACUUCUAUAUUGUGGACAGACUAAAAGAACUCAUAAAGUACAAGGGUUAUCAAGUUGCGCCUGCUGAGCUAGAGAGAGUUCUUCAAGGUUACCCAGGAGUGUCCGAGGCCGCUGUGAUCGGCAUCCCUGAUACACUUGCAGGAGAGCUUCCCAGGGCGUAUGUUGUACUAAUGAAGCAAGCCAAAGGAAAUGUGACUGGAGAGGAUCUCAUUCAACAUACCAAAGACCAAGUGGCACCAUAUAAACAACUCAGAGGAGGAAUACAGUUCGUGGAAGAGUUACCAAAGAAUGCUACAGGAAAGAUUCUAAGAAGAGUUCUAAAGAAACAAUUUUUGAAAAAUCAGCAUUCAAAACUUUGAGGUCCCAAAUUAUCUUAUGCUACUAAUAGAUGUCACCCACUAUCUGCAUGCAAACUGCAUUUGGGUAAUCGAUGCUAUUUAGAAAUGAGAACCUUCCUGUACAAUGGUGAACAUGGAUGAUAAUCAAUGCAACAUCAUGAUCCCAACGCAGAUGAGUUUGAAAAGAUCUACAGCAUAGAACUAGAAAACGGCAAAUCCACGGAGAAGCAAGUCCCAACAAACAAAAUAUUCAUGAAUCUAAAUGUCACAAUAAAAUAUAGCUAAAUAUGUACUCU